CAAUCUCCCAAUUCUUGAUUCCACAAUCUUUGUUGAUUUCAGACCCUGGAUGGACCAAACCCCAAUUACUAUUUCGCACAAAUUUCCCAUGGAAAUGGUCAUUGAACUAUUCAGGAAAAUGGGUCUUCGCUAUGUUUUGGUCACCAAAAAUGGGCAACUCUUAGGUUUGAUUACAAAAAAAGAUGUCUUGCGCCACCUUGCUGCCGUGAAUUAUCCAGGAAGCUCGAUUAAUCGAGAGUAUUCUCAAGAAAUUCAAAAUCUAAGGAUAUCACCGAGUGGACGAAGAUCAAGCUUUGUUGGAGAUUUUGGAACCGAUUGA